AUGAAGCCCCCAGGUCCUGCCCGUGCCUGUGGCAUCGCGCUGGUCCUGCUCUCGCUGCUGGCUGUCCUCCAGACCACCCGUGCCCAAAAGAAUGCCAUCGACAUCUACAGCCUCACUGUGGACUCCAGGGUCUCCUCCCGGUUUGCCCACACGGUCAUCACCAGCAGGGUGGUCAACAGAGCAGAUUCCAUGCAGGAGGCCACCUUCCAGAUGGAGCUGCCCAAGAAAGCCUUCAUCACCAACUUCUCCAUGAUCAUCGACGGUGUGACGUACCCAGGGAACAUCAAGCAGAAGGAUGCAGCCCAGAAGCAGUACAGUGCGGCCGUGGCCAGGGGGGAGAGCGCUGGCCUAGUCAAGGCCACUGGGAGAAAGAUGGAGCAGUUCCAGGUGUCAGUGAGUGUGGCCCCCGCUGCCAAGGUCACCUUCGAGCUGGUGUAUGAGGAGUUGCUCAAGCGGCGCCUGGGAGUGUAUGAGCUGCUGCUGAAAGUGCAGCCCCAGCAGCUGGUCAAGCACCUGCAGAUGGACAUUCACAUCUUUGAGCCUCAGGGCAUCAGCUUUCUGGAGACAGAGAGCACCUUCAUGACCAAUGAGCUUGCAGACGCCCUCACCGUCUCACAGAACAGGACCAAGGCUCACAUCCGAUUCAAGCCGACGCUCUCCCAGCAACAGAAGUCUGCAGAGCAACAGGACACAGUCGUGGAUGGCGACUUCAUCAUCCGCUAUGAUGUGAACCGCACCCUCUCUGGAGGCUCCAUUCAGAUCGAGAAUGGCUACUUUGUGCACUACUUUGCCCCCGAGGGUCUCUCCAAGAUACCCAAGAAUGUGAUCUUUGUCAUCGACACGAGUGGCUCCAUGAGGGGCAAGAAAAUCCAGCAGACGCGGGAAGCCCUCAUCAAGAUCCUAGAGGACCUCAGGCCCGAAGACCACUUCAACCUCAUUAGCUUCAGCAGUGAAGCAAGCCAGUGGAAGCCGUCGCUGGUGCCAGCUUCCACCCAGAACGUGGAGGAGGCCAAGAAAUACGCUAACAGCAUCCAGGCCCGGGGAGGAACCAAUAUCAACGAUGCAAUGCUGUUGGCUGUGCUGCUGCUGGACAUAGCCACCCGGGAGGAGCAGCUGCCCUCAGGGAGCGUCUCUCUCCUCCUCCUCCUCACUGAUGGCGACCCCACUGUGGGCGAGACCAACCCCAGGAAGAUCCAGAAGAAUGUGCAGGAGGCCAUAGGCGGUCAGUACAGCCUCUUCUGCCUGGGCUUUGGCUUCGACGUCAGCUACGCCUUCCUGGAGAAGCUGGCGCUGGACAACGGCGGCCUGGCUCGGCGCAUCUACGAGGACUCGGACUCUGCCCUGCAGCUGCAGGACUUCUACCAGGAGGUGGCCAACCCCCUGCUGACCACAGUGACCUUCAAGUACCCAGGCAAUGCCGUGGAGGAGGUCACGCAGGACAACUUCCCGCUGUUCUUCAAGGGCUCUGAGAUGGUGGUGGCCGGGAAGCUCCGGGCCCAGAGCCCUGAUGUGCUCUCAGCCACAGUCAGCGGGCAGCUGCCCACGGAGAACAUCACCUUCCAAAUGGAGUCCCAGGUGGCGAAGCAGGAAGAGGAGUUUCAAAAGCCCAAGUACAUCUUCCACGGCUUCAUGGAGAGACUCUGGGCGUACCUGACCAUCCACCAACUCCUGGAGCGAAUGGUUUCUGCAUCCGAUGCCGAUAAGCAGGCCCUGGAGACCCAAGCUCUGGGCUUGUCGCUCAACUAUAGCUUUGUCACCCCCCUCACGUCCAUGGUGGUCACCAAACCUGAAGGCCAAGAACAGUCUCAAGUUGCUGAGAAGCCCGUGGAAAAUGGAAAGGAUCCCUCAGGUCGCACUGUCUUCAGACAUAGAGCCAUGGGACACACAGGGUUCACAUCAACAGGUAACAAAGGAGGAGUGGUGGUGGGAGGGGAGAUUGACAGAACCUUGACCCUGGCCACAGACUGGGCUACCAAGCGGGACAGUCCCACUAUGGUGUUUGAUUACCUGGAUGAAACAAUGGAAGAUGUUCUACCUGCCCCAAGAACCGCAUCUGCUGCCCCAGCCCCCAUCCAGGCUCCGACCUUCAUCCUGCCUCUGCCUGGGCAGAGCGUGGACCAGCUCUGUGUGGACAUUAAGCACACCCGUGGGCCAUUAUUACUCCUGCUCUCAGACCCUGACCAAGGUCUCGAGGUGAUUGGCGAAUAUGACAUGGAGAAGGCCCAGUUCUCAGUGAUCGAGGUGACUUUCAAUAAUAUCCAGCUGCAGGUCCACGUGUCCCCUGAGCACGUGGUAGUGACUAGGGAGCGAAGAAGCUCUCAGUACAAAUGGAAGGAGACGCUGUUCGUGUUUCCCCACAGCCUCAAGAUGACCAUGGACAAGGCGGGGCUCCUGCUGCUCAGCAGCCCAGACAGAGUGACCAUCGGCCUGCUGUCCUGGGACGGCCCUGGGCAGGGGCUUCGGCUGCUCCUGCGGGACACUGACCGCUUCUCCAGCCACGUCGGCGGCCUCCUUGGCCGCUUUUACCAGGGCGUUGCCUGGGGGCCCCCAGAUGCCACAGAUGACAGCAAGCGAACACUGUGGACUCGGGGGUUUGAGUUCAAUGUCACCAGAAAGCUCAAGCUGGAUUACCAAGAGGGGAUCCCGGGAACAGAGCUUUCCUGCUGGUCUAUCGAGCUCUCGUUCUGAUAUCAGGAGUUAUACCC